AUGUGGGCGCGGCAGCAGGCAGGCAGGGCGACUCAACAUUGUCAACAACGCAGCUAGAAUAAGUAUAAAAAAAGCACGAUCUGACACGUCAAUCCCACCACAAAACACUUCCCAAUAUUCCUCACCCUCCUCUCCUUUUCCUUGACCUCCUGUUUCUUCAAAACAGCAGAGCGAUCGAUCUUAUUUGCACAAUUUCUGGCAGGCCGCGAUCUCUCCUGCACAUUUUGCAAAUUCGUCGCCAUGUUUAUGUUUGAAAUAGUCAGGCCCCUACUUUCUACUGUGUGGCAAAUGGGAUACCCGGGGCUGGGUGUCGCACAUCCUGCAGGCGAAUUUCUGUGAUCGCCACUUGUAAUGAUUUGGCCAAUUUUCCGGCUCCUUGGACAACACUUGAGUGUUCCUUUGUCUGUUACCAAAUUUGGAGCCUGGAGAACUAGAACCAACGUGGUGUCAUUUUUCAGGACAAUGGCCACGGGAGGUCCAUCCGAGAAGUCUUACAGGAAUCGACUGGCCAAUGAGAAGUCUCCGUACCUCCUCCAACAUGCCAGCAACCCUGUUGAUUGGUAUCCAUGGGGACCAGAGGCAUUUGAGAAAGCCAAGCGAGAGAACAAACUCAUCUUUCUCUCAGUCGGUUACUCCACAUGCCAUUGGUGUCACGUGAUGGAACGGGAAACGUUUGAGAAUGAAGAGAUUGGAUCGUUGAUGAACAAGCAUUUGGUCAGCAUCAAGGUGGACCGAGAAGAACGGCCAGACGUUGACCGGGUCUACAUGACCUUCAUACAGGCAUCUAGCGGUGGUGGUGGUUGGCCAAUGAGUGUAUGGUUGACCCCUGACCUCAAACCCAUCGUAGGAGGGACUUACUUCCCGCCAACCGAUCAUUUUGGCCGGCCGGGGUUUGGCACCAUUGUCCAGAGCAUUGUCAACCAGUGGCGUAGAGAGCCAGACAAGAUGGCGCAGCAAGCCGGCAAGAUCCUUGAUGCCUUGCAGAAGGCAACCACCUCCAAGGCGCCAUCGGACGCAGGAACCCUGGCCGUAGAUGCCAGCAUCGGCCGUUGCUACAGACAGCUGGCACAGAGCUAUGAGCCCCAGUACGGGGGAUUUGGCGGCGCUCCCAAAUUCCCACAACCAGUCAACUUCAACUUCAUGUUCAGGCAUUACGCUAGCAAGCCUGAGACUGCAGAGGGAAAAGAAGGAUUGGAAAUGUGUCUGAAAACGCUGCGAUUUAUGGCUAAAGGAGGGAUGUAUGACCAUAUUGCUCAGGGUUUUCAUCGCUACUCUACCGAUGAGUUUUGGCACGUGCCGCAUUUUGAGAAGAUGUUGUACGAUCAGGGGCAGCUAGCUGUGUCUUACCUGGAGGCCUAUCAGAUCACAAAGGAUGAGACGUUUGCAGAUGUCGCCCGCAGUAUUUUGAAGUACGUCUCAAGAGAUCUAAGCAGCAAGGCGGGUGGUUUCUUCAGUGCGGAAGACGCCGAUUCCUACCCUUCCCAUGAUGUCGAGCACAAGAAGGAGGGAGCGUUCUGCGUCUGGGAAGAAGAAGAGGUCCGUCGUCUGCUCUCCGAUGCCGUCGAAGGCAGCGAUGGCGUCUCAUUGGCUGACGUGUUUUGCAAACACUACGACGUCAGGAAGGGGGGGAACGUGAACUUUGAGCAGGAUCCUCACGGUGAAUUGAAGCAAAAGAACGUUCUGAUCGUGCGCGGGUCGCUAGCCAUCACCGCAAACAGCUUCAACCUGGACGAGGCGUUGACAGAGAGGGCGCUGUCCAAAGCAAGGGAGAUACUGUACAACGAGCGACUGAAGAGACCCAAGCCACACCUGGACGACAAAGUCUUAACCAGCUGGAAUGGUCUUAUGAUUUCCGGCUUUGCCAAAGGAGGUCAAGUUCUUGGAGACCCAGCCUACACCUCUAGGGCCAUCCAAGCAGCCUCCUUCAUCAAGGAACAUCUCUACAACAGUCAGACGGGAUGCCUGAUCAGGAGUUGCUACACGGACGAGCAAGGAGAUGUCACACAGAUAGCUGAGCCAAUCGAGGGCUUCGUUGAUGACUACUGCAAUCUGAUCCGAGGUCUACUGGACCUGUAUGAAGCCUGCUAUGACCAGUCCUGGCUGGAAUGCGCCGGUUCCCUCCAGACCAAACAAGAUGAGCUGUUCUGGGAUGCAGAGAAUGGUGGCUACUAUGGUGCGUCAAGUAAGGAUCCCUCCAUCAAACUACGACUGAAAGAAGAUCAGGACGGAGCUGAACCCAGCGCCAACUCCGUCUCAGCCCUCAACCUGCUCAGGUUAGCCCAGAUGACGGGUAGUCAGGACUGGCAAGCUAGGGCUGAUCAGCUCUUUGCCGUCUUCACGGAGAGACUGACCAAGAUCCCCGUGGCUCUACCGGAGAUGGUGUCUGCUUUGGUGUUCAAGCACAACACUCCAAAACAGAUCAUCAUCCGUGGGGAGCCAGAUGCAGAAGACGCCCUAGCCCUCAUUAGAUGUGUGCAUUCUCGCUUCCUCCCCAACAAAAUCCUCCUGCUGGCGGAUGGGAACAAGGAUUCUUUCCUUUGCUCCAAGCUGAGUCUUCUGCCCACCUUGGAAAAGCUUGACGGGAAAGCCACAGCCUAUGUCUGUGAGAACUACCAGUGCCAGCUGCCGGUGACUUCCGUAGAAGAACUGGAAAAAUUACUCUAGAAACUUUGUCUAAUGAAUAUUUUUGGACAGGGUGGGUACAAGAGGAGAGAGCUAUGCGCACAAUACUGAGAGACUAGACUCCAAAAGUUUGUUAUGUUUUAAAGAUUUGAUUAAUCAAAGUGCAGUGGGAUAUGAACCUGGACCAUUGGAACACUGUACUGGUGCUCUAUGAACUAAUUGAAGCUGCUUUGCGCUACGUACGUUUGGAGUCGCUGAUUUGUCUUCAUUGUCUUUUUUAACAGGUGUUACUCGGAAACUAAUGUGGGUUCAUUUCCCUCCACAGUAACUUUCUUUGUUCCAUUACACUGUAAAGGGUUUUAUUCAAACAGAAUUCAAGGUCCACAUGAAAAUAAAAUUUGGAUUUCACUUUGUAAAAUGUCUUUGCUAGAUUUAAUUUUCUUAUGAUGUCUCAGCUGAUUUGAAAUAAGUCCGGGGAAAGAAAAGGUAAAAAAUAUGUAUCAAAAUUUACUCUUGAGUCUGUUAUAAAUAUAAAAAUGUUUCCUCUAAGCUUUUUUGUUUAAAAAGAUUAAUUUAUUUCAAGAAUUAGAAUAUGGCUUAAGAAGCUAGAACCUAUUGUUCUGAAUGUUUCUAAAGGGUCAUACAUUUAGAGAAUAUGCCUGAUGCAUGUAUAUCGAUAAGAUGUUUUUGCCCAAAUUUUGUCCAAAUGUCCUGGUUUGGGAUUUGCCAUUUUUAAUAAACUUCAUAUUUUAACUAUUAAAAAUGACUACAAUUUUUUUCAUUAUCAACUUUUCUCCAGAGAUAUUUGUGUUAUAAAAUUGCCAUUUAUUUCAGGACUAAAUACCCUUUUGUUAAGACUUUAAUAGCUCACAAUAGCUUCCAAUUCACUUGCCUACUUGUAUCUGAUCCGAUCCGUAAACAAAUCUUUUCUUGGAUGGUUGUAAAUCCAAAAUUUAAACUAGGAGAACUCAAUCUAGAUGAUGCACACACAUUGGUUAAGUGAAUUAAUAUUCCCAUGUUCUUAAUAUUAAAAUUGGAUUUAAAUCUAAAUCACACAAAAUAAAAAAGCAUUUUGUUAAAAUAAAUAUUUUGCUUACCUAUUAAGUAGGUAUUUUUUACACCCAGCUUUGUUGUACAACUAUAAUGUUGUACUUCUUAACAUAAACCACCGCAUAAAAACUGUAUUUUAUAUUUAACUACAGAUUACAAUUCAAAACUGUGUAUGAGUUUACAAUACAACUUAACACUAUAAACUUGUGUUAGAUAUGGCAGUAUUUUACCAAACACAAGUACCUGUCACAGAAUAAAUGAUUGAUUUUUGAUAAAACAAAUCUAUAUAUAGUAUUAUAUUAAAGUAUAUACAAACACUGAACCUGA